CCUGUCCGGACACAUUUCUACCAGGACACGAAUGGACCACAGAGGAGCUUAAUAUUUUAGUUUUUAGGUGUUUGAGCUGUUAAAGAUGUUAAAGAUGCCCGGACUGACAGAAACAGAGCGGGCUGGAUGCUCUAACAUCCUGAAGUUAAUGUCUGCAGCAGAUUUAAUGUCUCUGAGCGACACAGUCACCAAUAAGAUGAUCGUGGUGGAGAAUGUUACAGAGGCGAUGGAAACGAUCCUGUCCUUCACUAGAAGUGCGGAGGAGCUCCUGAAGAGGAAGAAGGUUUAUCGUGAGCUGAUCUUUAGAUAUCUGGCUAAAGAGGGCGUGGCCAUGCCUCCAAACAGCGAGAAACACCAGCUGGCCAAGAGGACGCUGGAGCUCUGGUCCUCUGGGAAGGUCCUGGUGGAGGAGGAGAAGCUCCCAGGAGGUCCAGGUGAAACCAGACUGAGUCAGACCUCAGAGACGGGUUCCUCGGACUUCGACCCGUCGGUUCUGGGUCAGCAGUUCUGUCAGUGGUUCUUCCAGCUGCUGAACAGUCACAACCCGUCUCUGGGCCAGCCGCCUCAGGACUGGGGACCACAGCACUUCUGGCCAGACGUCAAGCUCCGCCUCCUCACCAGGACGGGCAGCGAGCAGAUGGAGGAGUUUCUGGGAGCGGAGCUGGUGAGUCUCCGUCUGGUGGCUCUGACCCGAGACGAGCAGCUCCUCCUGAGUCCGAACCUGGAGCCCCGGGGCCUGAAGACCCUGGCGUCCCCCCACGGCCUGGUCCUGGUGGCCGUGGCCGGGACCAUCCACAGGAACCAGGCCUGCCUCGGCAUCUUCGAGAACGUCUUCGGCCUGAUCCGCUCCCCGCUGGAGAACCACAGCUGGAAGAUCAAGUCUGUGAACCUGAAGAUCCGGGGCCAGGAGGCCCUGGGGGGGGCCGAGACCUCCGCCCCGGCCCUCACAUACAACUCUAGUGAACUCCAGCUCCUCUGCAGCUGAUCAGGGUCUUUAUUUUUUAUUAUUGUUAUUAUUAUUGACACAGAGAAGGUUUGAGGGUUCUUCACUCUUCUAACUGGACCAAAGAUGUUGACCCUGCUACUUGUUUUCAGAGAUCCAGAUCUGGCAACUUGUGCUGCCACAAAGCGUCUCUAGAUAAUGUUUAGAGUCGUGACAUUGACAUAAAACACUAGAAAGCUUCAGAAAAAGCUUCUUCUGGUUUCUGUUUCGUCUCAUUUUGGCUUCAAAUAUACUUUACCUUAUUUUUCACUCUGUGCCUCGCUUCAGUUAAAUGUCAAUGUAUGGACAUGGAUGGAUGGGAUUUUGUAAAUAUGUAUGAUAUCAAAUAUAAAGAUUAUAUUAACACUUGUGCUCUUUAUUUACAAGUAGGUCGAUACUUGGCAGAAAGAAAUGUUGUUUGUUUAUAUGACAUGAUAGCGUCAAUAAAUUGAUUUUGAACAACUGA